AUGAGUGAUAAACCAGACUUGUCUGAAGUGGAGAAGUUUGACAAGUCAAAACUGAAGAAAACUAAUACUGAAGAAAAAAAUACUCUCCCCUCAAAGGAAACUAUCCAGCAAGAGAAAGAGUAUAUUCAAGCAUCAUAA